AUGAUUGACAGGAUCAAAUUUGUUCACGAGAACGACUAUGUGCACCGUGAUGUCAAGCCGGAGAAUUUUCUUAUGGGUCGAAGAGACAAAACGGAUAAGGUAAGCAAUCAUCCAGGGACAUGCGUACAAUUCGUUCUUUCAGGAGUGCUUAUUGUGUUUACAUUGCAAACGGAACACAAUGGGCGACGGGAUGUGAGGAGGUGGGACAAUCCGAGGAGACGAGUGGGGAGCGUGCCACAGCAAAGAUUACGGCCAGCCGUGGAGCUGAAUUCUUGUAUACUUGAAAAUAUAAUAUAAGAUAGUUACAAUGCAAUAGGAUGUAAACGAACGUGUAACAAAAUAAAUCAAAUAGACACAUUAAAAACGAUAUAAAAUGGAAUAUUAAAAAAAAAUCAACGAUAAUAAAAAAUGAAAGGAAAUAAUGAUUUUAAAAAAUAGAUUUUUUCAGAUUGCAUUAGAAUUCUAUUUGACUCGCUGUAAUAAGAAAAAUGAAGUCUUUAGAUCUUUGUUGACCACAAACUCCUGCACAAUUGGAGAGACAUCAGCACCAUAGCUUGGGCUUUCAGAGCGAUAUGUUGAAAAGAAAAGGAUAUGCCUGAAAUGGUGCCCUCGUGUGUCAAAUAAUGACUUGUCGUUAGCACUUCCUGCCUUGAUGGAAAUGCUUGAGUAGAAGUCAUCUUCUUUAUGCGCAUGCGAUGUACUUGAGUGUCGUAUUUGUCGGUAAUUCAAACUCUGACUUUACCACCAGUUUUUAAAUCUCUUUCUUUAUUUUAGGUUUACUUGAUUGAUUUUGGACUUGCCAAAAGGUUCCGAGACAAACGUGGCAAACACUUGCGCUUUCGACAAAUAGAAAAUCGUGAAAUCACUGGAACAACCCGAUACGCAAGCAUCAAUUCACAUAAAGGCAUGGAGCUGAGUCGAAGAGACGAUUUAGAAUCUCUUGGUUAUGUACUGUUGUACUUCUGUAAAGGUUCCUUACCAUGGCAAGGCCUUCAAGCACGCAAUGAUCAAGAGAGGUAUAAAUUAAUAAAAGAGGGGAAACUUUCCAUUUCCGUAGAAUGUCUUUGUCACGAACUUCCCGACGAAUUUAAAGAUUACCUUAACUAUUGCAGGGGAUUAAACUUUGAGGACGAACCAAAUUAUGAAUUUAUAAAAGGUCUUUUUAAACAGCUGGCCUCGAAAAUUGAAAUUGAAUACAAUGGAGUGUUCGAUUGGGAUCAGAAGGCAGCCAUAAGUAAUUCUAAGGACACUGAACAAUCAGAAACCCUUGAGAGAGAGAAGUUCACCUUUAAGUAA